UUGCAUUUUAGAGUUGGAGUUAAGGAGUAUUUUUCCUUUAUUCUCUAUCAGCCAAACUUUCAACUGUCCCGUAUGAUUGGAAACUGGACCUGUGGGUCUGUGGUUUCCUCUUGUUGGUGUGCAAGCUCUCUUAAAUGGAUUGGUUAGAGGAUGCCCAGGCAGGACCAGUUUCUGCAGAAAAGCAGUCUGGUCUCUUACCAGUGCCUUGUCUUCCUUAGGAAUUAGGCAGCACUCCUACACUUACAUACCUUUGCUAGUUGUAAUCCUGAUGUUUCCCAGCCCUGCUUUUUGCAGUGUGGAAGUAGUAUUUAGCCUUAGUGUUCAAAAUACUCAGCAAAGUUAACACAUCACCAUGCAUUCAGAUUUUGGAUUGUUUCCUUGCCUUUCAAGAGAAGUAAGUCAGAGAAGUUAAUCUCUGAUCUUGCAGAGAAAGGGUUUUGCACAAUUAAUAUGAAGCGAUUACUCAGUUACUGGUGGGCUUGUGAGUGUUUGGCAUUGUGUGAAUGAGGCAGGGGUACACUCUGCUCAAGUGCCGAGGCACUGCCAGAGCUUAACCUGUCUCUUUGCCUAAAUUAUGUUUCAAAUCUGCUUUGUGUGGUGUGCGGUUGAGGUCAGGCUGCCUAAUGAAAUAUUGGCAAAAACAUUUCACCUACUGACUCCUUUUAUUCCUGGGUUAUUGUGCAGGAGUCAGUUCUUGAAAACUGACUGUUUGACCACCACAAGUUCUUGUGUUGCGAUGCCAUAAGAAUUGGAAAUACCAGCUUAGAUGUCAGUGAGUGACACAGUAUUGUAAAUUAGAUAUCUGCCUCUUUCUAAGGGGAGAUGGUAAAACAGUUCAUCUGCUGCUGAGAUAAUAUUGGAAGGAAUUGGGCUUCUCAAUGAUCCUCAGAGUGACUUUUUACUUAAGAGUUAUUUGGAUAUAGAUGAUGCAGGACACAAGCUGCCAAUCUGAGCAUCCCCAUCCCUCAGCAACAGUGAGCACUGUUGCCUCUUUUUGCUAGUGAUUUCCUAACUGCAUCACAGUAUUCCUCUAUCCCUCCUUUCUCAAACCCCAGUUUUAUGCAAGCAAUAACAAAAACAUACCUCAUGCUUAAGUUUACUUCCACUAUUAAGUUGAAAAGGGAAACAGUCUCUUGUCUUGUCAUUUGUUUCUGAAGGUAACUAAUUCAAGGGAUAUAGUAAGUACCAGGAAGUCUGUUUUCUAUUUGAAAUACAUGUGAUUGAGUUUGGUUAUACUCACCUUCCUUGAGAAGGAUGGUGAUAUGGCAAUGUUAAACUCAGAAGCUGUUUUGCUAACCUUCAGUUGUUCAACUUGAGUAAGAUUUCAGGCAUGUGCCUGACAGCUCACCAGCUUUCCAGAAAUAGCCUGUUCUCAGAAGGGAAGUUGGCAGGUUUGCUUGCCCCAUCAAAUAUUAAAUUAAUCUCUUAUUACAGUGCAGCUAUGAAGUGUGUUGGCAUCUCAGCCAUGCACCAAAAAUAAUGCCUGUGUUUUUGAACCAGAAGGUUUUAGAGUAAAGUUAAAUAACUUAAUUUCUAUGAGCACUAGCCCAGUGGAAGAGUAAAGUAAUGCCAUCUCUUUUUAUUGGGUGUGGGAAUGUAUAGAUGUAUAGAAAAUAGGAGUAGAUAAGACCGUAUACUACUGGGUAUUGUAAUUUCUGUGAGUUUGUUGCUCUGGAUGCAUGUGGACACUUUUUAUGGAACAGGUUUAGUUUAUAUGCUGAAUCAUCAGAACUUGGCACUAACCAGUGCCUGAUGCUUGAAGGAGAAACUCUGUUGAGUAACCAGCAAAAUAGUUGGGUACACAGUCUUAAAUCUUCCAUCUGUGAUCUAUCAGCAACUUACUUUCUCUAAUAUGGUGGUGAUAUACUGGAUAUGUAAUAACGUGGAACUCACCAGAAGUUUUUAGAUUGCUCUCCACAUUAGACGCACCAGCAAGGUUAUAUGGCAAGGAGAUUAGAAUUUUCUGCUGCUCAGAUCUAGCACUCACAAAAUUGGAUCUCUGUUUAGAUAAAUAGGUGAAAGAAUGUCCUAAAAUGGGGAAGACAUAGGUCAUGUGUAAUGUGGUACUGUUACAGCAAGCUUGUUCCUACCCUGAGUGGUCAGGAUGUGUCUGCCAUGUUAGGACACAUCCUCUGUGGGUUUGGUUAUCUGUAUUUUUAUGUAUAUAUAUAUAUUCAUUGAAAUUCCUCACCUGAAUUUCCUAAGAACUGCUAGACAUUCUAAUGUAAGAUAUUUAUCUUAAGCUUUUUACUGCAGACUGCUAUGGAUCUUGGUGAGAGCCUUUGCCAGUUGUUACUCAAAAUGAUCCCAGUGAUAUUAAUCUUUGCAGGCUUCAUGAAUCAACAGAAGCAUCACCCUGUAGGGUUUUAAAUUGACAGAACAAUCAUGAUGUAUUUUACAGAGACUAAUCUGGCAUAAUUGAAUUUCAGAUAUUUAGCAGGACCAACGCCCUUCCGCUCCCAUACAGCUAAAACAAAGUUCUCAGAGGAAUCCAGCAGAUGCUUGCUGCUCUGUGCCUACCUUGUGAACAACAGGAUGCUACUUGCACAACUAUCUUUUCCCAAUCAAUUUCUUGAUGAGCUGCAGCUGAAAUAUUUAACGCCUCACACUCAUGCCACUGGAGAUGGAGCCCAAAGCCAAUAACCUCGUUUUUGGGUGUCAGCGAAGCUCAACCUCUGAUGAUGACUCUGGCUGUGCCUUGGAGGAAUAUGCUUGGGUUCCCCCAGGCCUCAGACCAGAGCAGGUCCAGCUGUAUUUUGCCUGCUUGCCAGAGGAGAAGGUCCCUUACGUUAACAGUCCUGGAGAGAAACACCGGAUUAAACAACUUCUCUAUCAGCUGCCACCCCAUGAUAAUGAGGUGAGAUACUGCCAGUCUUUAAGUGAAGAAGAAAAGAAGGAACUGCAGAUAUUCAGUUCUCAGCGCAAAAAGGAGGCACUUGGCCGAGGCACUAUUAAACUACUCUCUAGAGCAGUGAUGCAUGCAGUUUGUGAACAGUGUGGUACAAAAAUAAAUGGCGGUGAAGUUGCAGUUUUUGCCUCGAGAGCCGGGCCUGGUGUGUGCUGGCAUCCCUCGUGUUUUGUGUGCUUCACGUGCAAUGAGCUGCUUGUUGACCUUAUCUACUUCUACCAAGAUGGAAAAAUUCACUGUGGCAGACACCAUGCUGAACUUCUCAAACCUCGAUGUUCAGCCUGUGAUGAGAUAAUUUUUGCUGAUGAGUGUACAGAAGCUGAAGGUCGCCACUGGCACAUGAAGCACUUCUGUUGCCUUGAGUGUGAAACAAUCCUGGGUGGACAGAGAUACAUCAUGAAGGAUGGGCGACCAUUCUGCUGUAACUGUUUUGAAUCUCUCUAUGCAGAAUACUGUGAGACCUGUGGGGAACAUAUUGGUGUUGACCAUGCUCAGAUGACCUAUGAUGGACAGCACUGGCACGCCACAGAAGCUUGCUUUUCUUGUGCUCAGUGCAAGACCUCUUUGCUUGGCUGCCCUUUCCUUCCAAAGCAAGGGCAGAUUUAUUGUUCAAAAACCUGCAGCUUGGGAGAGGAUGUUCAUGCCUCCGACUCUUCUGAUUCUGCGUUUCAGUCAGCUCGAUCCAGAGAUUCCAGGAGGAGUGUCCGCAUGGGAAAAAGCAGCCGGUCAGCUGACCAGUGCCGUCAGUCUCUCCUCCUGUCACCAGCUGUCAAUUACAAAUUUCCUGGCCUUUCAGACAAUGCUGAUGAUACUCUCUCUCGUAAGUUGGAUGAUUUAAGCCUUUCAAGGGAAGAGGCAAGCUUCGUUAAUGAAGAUUUCUGGAAAGGAAGAGUAGAGCAAGAAAUGCCUGAAGACCCUGAAGAAUGGGCAGAACAUGAAGAUUACAUGACUCAACUUCUUCUGAAGUUUGGUGAUAAAAGCCUUUUCCAGCAGCCUGCUGAAGUAGACAUUAGAUCAAGUGAACACUGGAUUUCUGAUAGCAUGGUCAAGAGCAAGUUGGACUUGAAAAAAAAUAAUCCAAGCCUAGCAAGUAAGAAGUAUCAAUCAGACAUGUACUGGGCCCAGUCACAAGAUGGUUUGGGAGACUCUGCAUAUGGCAGCCACCCAGGCCCUGCCAGCAGCAGGAAAAUCCAGGAGCUAGACAUGGAACAUGGGGCAUCAGGAUACAAACACGACCAAACACCGUGGUAUGGAGGUUCACUCGAAUGUUUGUCUGACUUGAAACAGCAAGAACAAAGUGUUCGAGACUCAAUGGAUUCCUUGGCUUUGUCUAACAUAACAGGGGCUUCAAUGGACGGAGAAGGCAAACCACGGCCAUCUCUCUACUCUUUGCAAACUUUCCAAGAGCUGGAUGUGGAGGACUGUGAGAAGAUGAGCAACAUGGGAACUCUAAAUUCUUCAAUGCUCCACCGGAGCACAGAGUCCUUGAAGAGUCUGAGCUCAGAGUUGUGUCAGGAAAAAGUCUUGCCAGAGGAAAAGCCAGUCCAUAUGCCUGUACUGAGAAGAUCUAAAUCCCAGUCUAGACCACAGCAAGUGAAGUUUUCAGAUGAUGUCAUUGAUAAUGGAAGUUAUGAGAAUCUUGAAAUACGUCAGCCUCCGAUGAGUGAAAGGACUCGUAGGCGUGUUUACCAUUUUGAAGAACGUGGAAAUCGGCCUUCUCACCAUCGCAGAAGAAGUAGGAAGUCUCGUUCAGAUAACGCACUUAACUUGGCCACAGAAAGAAGAAGCUCUCCGAGAGAGAGAUUUCGUUAUUACUCCCCUCAGGAUCAUGAAAAAUUUAUUCAGAAUAGGAGCUCACGUGAGCUUCGGGCAUUUAUUCAAAAUGCAGAGCUGUAUGGACAAUAUGCCCAUACUAGGUCUGACUAUGCACUGAGGAACCAGGUGGUUGAUAAGUUUUUUGGACUAUAUGGUGAUGAAGAUGACUCCUGGUGUUCAACUUCAUCCUCAUCAUCCGAUUCUGAAGAGGAAGGAUAUUUUCUAGGACAGCCAAUUCCACAACCACGGUCACUGAGAUAUCCAUACUAUACAGAUGAUCUUUCUGGUCCAACUACUGCGUUAUCUACUUCUCAGUUUGGACAAAGGACAACCAAAUCAAAGAAGAAGAGGGGACACAAAGGAAAAAAUUGCAUUAUUUCUUAAUUAAUUCUUAAUAUUUCUUAAUUGGGAAGACCAGUCAACUCUGUAGCUACAGUAUGAACCACAUCUUUUUAUAUUAAUAAUUGUACUUAGGCAAGUUGCUAAAGUUCUUAAUGCUUUGCCAUUGUAAAUGAUAACCCUGCCAGAGUUUACAUUGUACAAGUAAUAUUCAGAAAUGUCCCCACACCAAAUGAUCUGCUCAGAUACUGCUAGGUUUACAUACUGUGUUUCAGCUGUCAAAAUACUGUUACUGCAGUUCUUGAUAGAGACUUUUUGUAGGCAUUUUAUUUUAUGCUCGCUAUUCACCUACACUGAAUUAUCUGAGAGAGGAUUCAACAAAGAUAAGUAAAUAAAAAUGUCAGUCCUGUGCUGUAGCUAUAUCCACAUAGGUGAUCUUUGACUUUUUCCUCUUGCUGCCAAGAAAAAGAAGAAGAAAAGGCUCUGUGCUGUGUCUUUUCUUCACAGAUAAAGCUCACUCUUCCUCUUUCAAGUUUCCGCACAAAAACUGGAAUUUUAUUUUUUUUUUAAUUUGGGAAAAUGCUCCUUAAAGAGACAAAAAUCAGAAUGUGGGAGCUGAAAUGCUUGAAGCCUUGAUGUAUCCUAGAGCAACAGUAAGUGGUUUAUACACUUAACUGUCAUGGGUUUUCCUCCACAAUUUUUUGAGAAAGUGUAAGGUGGUUGUUUUGGAUUUGGGGGUUUUUUUGUGCCUGCUUAAAGGAAGGUAUUAAUUCAGCUGCUGGAACUGGACUUAGCUGCCAAUGAGUGGUGAUGUUUCUUCUGUCGCGCCCCCCCUCAGCAGUGAGAGAGGUAAAACUGCUGGAGUCCUUUGCUCAGGCAUGUAACCCCUUUUAAGUCAAUGAAUCUACUUACGUAACAAAUAUUUUCAUAAGGGCUUAAAGGAUUAGGCUCCAGAAUUGUGUCUUUUCACAUGCAUUAUCCAGGUUUUAAAAUGUAUUAGCUGCAAUUCUAAGUCAAAAACAUUGAUAUUUAUAAUGUAGUAUUUCAUAGGCUUAAAUGUAUUCAUAAUUUAACAGUGCAAAUACUAAUGUACAUAUUGUACAGUUAAAAUUUUAAAAUCUGAAUAUUUUUAUAUCCCUGAAUUUGAAGAAGUUUGUUACAAGAUCAAACUAGAUUUGUUAAGGGUUUAACAGCAGCAUUAUGGAUGAAAUAUUGCUUGUAUUUUAGUCAGGGGGUUUAAGCUGAAAAAUAUUGAAAAAUGUUCAGUGCAAAACAGCUUAAUUUUGUCUACUAGGUAUUAAAAGCUCUGUAUGCAUGGUGGGGCUAUGUAAAUACUCUCUAUGGCCCUCUUAAUCUUGCAAGUGUUAUUUAUGGGUCAAGCAAAAUGUAAACUAUAUAAAUGUAAAAACCACACAAGCCUGGAAUAUAUCAGUACAACCAGUAUGCAA